GUGGUACUCACGGUACAGACUACAGCGCGCACGUGUUAUUAAAUCAUUAAAUAUCAAAUAGCCGAGAGGUACACGCGGGUACCUCAGUCCUGUUAUGUUCAAUUUUUAAAUUUUAUAUUAUCUUGUAGUAUAAUAAUAUUAUUAUUUUGUCGAUUUACAAUUAAUUCUUAAUUAUGGAGGAUACUCAGCCGUUGUCCAGUAUAAAGAAGAAAAAGUCAAAAAAAUCGAAAGAAGAUGAUAAACCCAUUGGAGAAAUUCAAACGGAGCUCCCAUUUUAUUUAAAGCCAUCAGAAAAAAUUGAAAAGAUUGAUUCAUCAAAAUGGCCAUUACUUUUAAAGCAUUUUGACACAUUAAAUGUACGCACAAAUCAUUACACUCCACUACCGUUUGGUGCUAACCCUCUACAAAGAGAUAUUAAGGAUUAUGUACGGUCUGGAUUUAUUAAUUUGGAUAAGCCAUCUAACCCGAGUUCGCAUGAAGUGGUAGCAUGGAUUAAGCGAAUACUGAAAGUUGAAAAGACUGGGCAUUCUGGUACACUCGACCCAAAAACUUCCGGUGUAUUGGUUGUAUGUAUUGAACGAAGUACAAGACUUGUAAAGUCUCAACAAUCCAGCGGUAAAGAGUAUAUCUCAAUUUUUAAACUUCACAAUCCAGUAGAUAGUGUUCUUGACAUUAAGAAAACAUUGGAAUCAUUGCGUGGUCCUUUAUUUCAACGUCCUCCUUUGAUAGCUGCUGUAAAAAGACAGUUGCGUAUUCGUACAAUUUAUGAAAAUAAAUUAUUGGACUAUGAUGAAGAUACAAACACUGGGGUUGUUUGGCUUAAAUGUGAAGCUGGAACUUAUGUAAGAACAUAUUGUGUCCACUUGGGCUUAAUUUUAGGCACAGGCGGUCAGAUGAUUGAACUUAGAAGAAAUCGAUCAGGUAUUACCAGUGAAGAAUCGGGACUAGCGACGUUGCAUGACGUCUUAGAUGCACAGUGGAUGUAUGAAAACAACAAAGACGAGUCGUACCUACGACGGGUAAUCAGACCACUCGAAGGACUACUUACAAACUACAAAAGAAUAUUCAUUAAGGAUAGUGCUGUCAAUGCCAUUUGUCACGGAGCCAAAAUUAUGUUGCCUGGUAUAUUGCGAUACGACGAUGGUAUUGAACUAAAUAUGGAAAUUGUAAUUGUUUCAUCCAAAGGAGAAGCCAUUGCAUUAGGUAUAGCAUUGAUGACGACUGCUACAAUUUCUAGUUGUGAUCAUGGGAUUGUAGCUAAACUUAAACGAGUAUUAAUGGAUCGAGACACCUACCCUCGUAAAUGGGGUUUAGGACCAAUGGCUCUUACAAAAAAGAAAAUGGUCGGUGAAGGACUAUUAGAUAAAUAUGGUAAGCCAAAUGAAAAUACCCCCGAAAAUUGGAGAGAAAACUUCUGUAAAGAUUUAGUAACUCAAAUCAAGACUGAAAAUGAAAAUGUAGCUGAUGACGAAAGUAGAAAAAGGAAACGGGUAAGCACGCCAGAAAAUACUGACACUCCAGUCAAAGUUAAAAAAGAGAAGAAAAUCAAAAAGGAGUAUGUUGAAGAAGCAGUCACUGAAGAACCAGCUGUAGCCUCGGAAGAAAUUGGAGAAGAAAAGAAAAAGAAAAAGAAGAAGAAGAAAGACAAAAAUGAAUCUGUAACUGAAUAGACACACAUUAUCUACAUGUAUUUUCUUAUGUUGUGCUUUAACCAGUAUAUAUGUUAUAUAUAUUAAGAACAUUUAUUGUUUUUCAAUAUUAUAUAAGUUUUUAUCAGUUAAUCUUGUUUAGAACGAAAACAUACAUCAUUUCUUAGUGUUUUAGAUAGUAAAAUAUAAAACUUCUACCAUUUUACUUUUUGAUAACCAGGCUACAAUUAUUAGUGUAAGACUUUUGUUGUAAAACUUAAUGAUUGAUAUAACAAUUUAUCACAACUUUCCAAUAUUUAAAAAAAAAAGUUUUUAUUCAAGGUUAUAUUAUGUAGAUAAACGUAACAAUUUUAUCUAAGGCAAAUAAAUAAUAAUAUAAUGAUUGACCAAUUGUA